CGGCGCACGCUGGGAAAUAUGUCUUCCCCGCCUGCUCCCCUUGAGUCUCUAAUUAGGGGUGAGCUCGCUGUGGACUACAGCUCCCAAGAUCCCAAGCGCCAUCUUCUCGGGAAGCCCAGGACGGCGAAGAGCGCGUCAGGGGCGAGCAAGUUGGAGCUGUGAAGGAAUCGGGGAUUGCUGGUACCCGUGACUUUGGGUAGUACAGGUCUCCGAAGUUGCCGUUGCAGAGAAAGAGAAACACAAGCAUUCCGAGUGGCCUCUCUCUGGAAUCCCAGAUAAACGGUCUGUUAACAGGACAGGCCAACACCUUGGAGAAAGAGAUGCCUGCCUCUGGCUCCGUUCUCCCAAGGCUCGCUGAAAGGGGAGAUGACCCUGCUGUGGUCAGGAUUCACAUGGCCUGGACAGUGCUGUGAAAGAGCUGCGUGCAGCCCCCAGAGCCCUAAGAUGGCACCAAAAAUCAAGAAGGGCUUGAAAGGCUUCAUUGAUGAUGUCCUUGGUGACCUCCUGGGGGAUGACACCAUAAUCCCUGAGAAGCCACUUGAACCAGUUCCUCUCAACAGAGAUGCCACGGAUGUACCUCAGAAGCUCCCUUCUUCAAAGGCUAGAGGAAGGUCAUUCCGGGAAGGUGAAGUCUUUAACACUUUGGGAAGCCUGGCAGGAGCUGAUGCUGAGGCUUCUGACAUCUCAGAUGCGGACCCACAGGCCUUGCUACAGGCCAUAAAGGAUCUGGACGACAUGGAUGCUGAUCUCCUGGGUCUGAAGAAGUCUCCAGCCUCUGACAAAAGAGAAGCAAAGGGUUCUGGGAAAGAAGAGCUGCCUCGAAAUUCCAAACCUGCUGACAAGUUAACAGCCAGUGAGAAAGACUUGGAAGACUCAUCGGGAAGACUUCUAUCUGAUGAUGAGGGAAGAAUUGCCAGGAAGGCCCCAGUGACAGAGAGUAAAACUGCUUCCAACAGGAACCCCAGCACAGUCAGAGGUCCAGGUCCCUCUAUUCCUCUUACUCCUGGGGACACCCCCAUCAGAAGGAAAGAAGAAUUGCUGUUUGAUGAUGGAGACGACAUCAUGGCCACCCUCGGGUUUGAAGACAGCCCCACGGCAGAGAGGAGGCAGAUGGGAGACCAGGAAGGGCCCCGGCCCGCUCGCUCCAAGCUGGAUGAGCUGCUGGGUCGAGGCACAGCCACCAAACUCCUGGCUCGCCCGGGAACAGGGGAACACAGGGAGUUCAAGCUAGACAAGAAGUACCAGAGGUCACAGGACGAAGAAGAUGCCUGGGACGAUGAAAUUCUCACCUUUGGGGUGUACCAGCCCACUUUGGGGUCUUCCGAGGGCCGGCAGUCCCGUCGACAAUCUGUCAGCAGGUUCUUAGCAGAAAGUGGCCCAGACCCCAAGGGAGAACCAGGCUCCAAACGGAGCCCUCCAGUGGCUUCUAGCCCCAUCCAGCCCAGAAAGGGAGGAGCUGACUGGUUGGGCCUCAAGGAUGAAGACUUGGACCUGCUCCCUCCCUCUUCCACCCAAGAGGCCCAAGGAGGAGACUCAGCGAUCUUUACUCCCUCCGUUCCCCCUCCUGUGAGCCAGCACUUGGCCCCAGGCCUGCAUUCUACCCCUGCUGGGCUGCACUCCUCAGGGACAAAGCUACCAGCUGAGGGUGCCGUGUCCCCUGCCAAAUCCAACCAAGCUGCCAAGCUGGGAGCAGCCAGGGAGGAAGAGGAGAAGGAGGACUGGCUGAGCCAUAUCUUGUCUCAGAAGAAGUCCCAAGGUCUGGCCAGAGAGGAGCACACCGGGGCCUGUGAGACCUUGAACCCAGUGGGGACAGCAGGCUCUGCCCUUUCUGCCAGCCAGCCCAUUGCCAGCAUUCAGGGGCUUGACCAGGCAGCUGCUGGAAGGACCUCAGGAAGAGCAACAGCACAAGAAGCACUGGCCACCAGGCCUGAUGCUGCAGGGUCCCCCACGAGUUGUAGCCAGGGUCCUUUGGCCCUCUCUGCAGGUGACCUAAAGAGAAGAGCAGUCUCUGGAGACCCUUCCCACACUGAGCCUACGACUCGUUUCCCAAGCUCCCAGGAACCCACAGGGCUCCUUGUGCCUGUCCAGUCCCUGGUCUCACAGUCCCUGGUGCAAAAUCUGCUGCCAGACAUGGGAUACCAGAAGCCGCUCCUGGUAGCACAGACACAGCUUCAGAGCAGUGCUGCCCCUCUCCAGACUGAGCUGCUGCAGUGCCAGGCCCGGCUGGCAGAAAUGGAAGCCCAGGUGCGGAAGCUGGAGCUGGAGCGGGCACAGCACAGGCUGUUGCUGGAGAGUUUGCAGCAGCAGCACCAGGCAGACCUGGAGCUCAUUGAGAGUGCACACAGACCUUUCAGGGGGUGUUCUCUCAGCAGAAGCCGCAUCAAGGUGCUAGAGACCUCGUACCAGCAGCGGGAGGAGCGGCUCCGAAGAGAGAACGAGGAGCUGUCAGCUCAGUAUCUGUCGCACUGCCAGGAGGCUGAGCAGGCCCGUACUGAGCUCACAGCUCAGCACCAGCGGCGCUUGGCAGCAGCUGAACAAGAAAAAGUCCAGGAGAUGGAGCGGCUCCGUGAGCUGCAGCAGGCAUCCAUCAUGGAGAUGCGCAAGGACCAUGAGGAGCAGCUGCAGCGGCUGAAACUGCUGAAGGACCGAGAGAUUGAUGCAGUCACCAGUGCCACCUCCCACACACGGUCCCUUAAUGGCAUCAUCGAGCAGAUGGAGAACUUCUCCAGCAGCCUGAACGAGCUGGCCUCCCGUGUGGAAGCCUCGCACCUCACCACUUCGCAGGAGCGGGAGCUGGGCAUCCGGCAUCGGGAUGAGCAGCUGCGAGUCCUGAAGGAGCAGCUGGGCCGGCAACAGCGGGACAUGGAGGAGGAGCGAGGCCGGCUCCAGGAGGUCAUCGGGAAGAUGGAGGCGCGCCUGAGCGAGCAGAGCCGGCUCCUGGAGCAGGAACGCUGGCGAGUGACCUCUGAGCAGUCCAAGGCGGAGUCCAUGCAGCGUGCCCUGGAGGAGCAGAGGAAGGUGAUGGUCCAGCAGAUCACCAUGGAGAGGGAGGAGCUGGAAAGGGCCAAGAGCACCUUGCUGGAGGAGCAGAAGUCUGUCAUGCAUAAGUGUGGGGAGGAGCGGCGGCGCCUGGCUGUGGAGUGGGCAGAGUUCUCCACACAGCAGAAGCUGAGCAAAGAGCGGGCUGAUCGAGAGGUGGAGCGGGCGCUGCAGGUAGACACCCAGCGGGAGGUCACCAUCAUCAGCCUGGCCAAGGAGCAGGCAGAACUGAAGAUCAGGGCCAGUGAGCUCCGGGCCAAGGAGGAGCAGCUGGCCACCGAGAGGGAAGCUGUGGAGCGGGAGCGGCAGGAGCUGCGGCUGGAGAAGGAGAAGGUCAAGGCCACCGCCCUGAGCCUGCAGCUCCGAGUUGAGGAGGUGGAGCACAUGAGCAAGGUGGCCUCCAACAAGUAUGAGGAAGGCGAGCAGGCACUACACAAGGCCCGGCAGGUACAGUCAGAGCAGCUGGCCAGGCUGCAGGUGGUGCAGCGGCAGCAGGAGUGGCUUCGGCAGCAGGAAGAGCAUGUGCACCAGGAGCACCUGAGCCUGGCCCAGCAGAGGCUACAGCUGGACCAUGUGCGACAGGACCUGCCUUGCUGCCUCCCAGAGCUUCCUCCCAGGGCCCAGGGCCCAGCACCUUCCAGCCUUCGUGCUGCCUCCACCUUUGUGGUGCCUACUUCUGCCUCAAAUCAGCACAGCCAGCUGCUGGCCGGCCCCUGCCCCACACACCUUCUCACCAAGCUGGUGCUGCUGAAGCACUCAGCUGAGCAGGACCGGGACUUCUUGAAGAAUGAAGAGUUCUUCCUGGAGGCCCUGAAGAAAGCGCCCUACAAUCUGGCGUCCAACUGAGCCUGAGAGGGGUGGCUGCGCCCUCAGUGCAGCACCAAGACCCAGCAGCUCUCCUGCCACCCACAAGCCAUCAGCUCCUCAGGGAGGCGCGCACGAAAGCUGGGCACUGCCCAGGCCACUUAGAGCUCUUCGUGGAAAUGGUGCCAGCGUGUCCUCUCCAGGAGCUGCGGCACAUCCCUCUGGGGCUCCAAGGUGGAGCAGGAGGCUGAGGGGAUCGUGACCACCAAGGCCAAGGAGCAGGGCUGCCUGAGGUUUCCAGGAGGCAGGGGCCUCCCCCAGCCCUGACUGGGCCCGUGUACCCUUCCCUCUUCUGGCACAGCUGCAGGAGGGGUCGUCUUUGUGCCUGGGCCCCUUCUGAGGAGGGUCCUUUUCUCCAGGGAUGCCAUGAGCAGACUUCCACUCCUCCCAGCAGGGACAAAGAAGGGCCUUCUGGCUUCCUGGGAGGCCUUGCGGGAUGGGGAGGGUGCUGUGCCCAGCCAGAUUCCUCCCACACUGUGAUGGGCUUCUGGGAUUCAGGCCCCUCCAGAACCAGAACCCCCUGCUCUCUCUGGUGGGCUUGUGCAAAGUCCACCUCUCAGCUCCAUACUGCCCACGUGACCGCCCCGCUCAGCAUGAACCCUGGCGUCAUCAGCUGCUCCUUCCUCCUCAUGCAGGCCCCCAUGAGAGGUGGGAGCAGGGCUGUGGGCAGUGGUGCGUGGGGGGGGGGGCAGAAGGAAGCCAGCCAGAGCCUGUGCCCCAGAGGGAGGAGGGAAGUGAUGGGGACCUGUGAGGGGCCGCACACACCCAGGCUGCCGUUGCUCGCAUGCCUUUGCUAUCAGUGGUGUGCCAAGUCCUCCUGGAGGGGCAUCAGGAAAGGGUGCGGGGCGGGGGCAGUGAGCGGGAGGGUAGAGGAAGAAAGUGCCCUGUGGGUGGGUGGGGCAGAAGUGGCAGCAUUGGUGUCUGCCCUGCAGAACAGCUUUCAGAGGGACCUAGUUUAUUUGCCAACAGAUUGCAGCUUUGGUCUCAGACACAUUAAACUGCUCUAUUCUUUUUGCAUUA